AUGCAUUCAUCUUGGUUCGAGUAUCCUAUCACAAGGCCGUAUCCCUUUCGAUGGUUCACACCCGCGGCCAUCGGUGGUGGGCUCGUCUUGGCAGUGGUGUUCUCCCUAGUCAAUUUCAGCUCCAACGGCUUUUACCUCAAGACCAUAUACACCGAAAGCCUUAACGAAACCGAAGCAUCAUUCCAUUCGAGAUGGUUUCAGAAACGGCCUUUCAACUGGCAGAACGAUAUGAACGCUGAAUGUCAGCCUCACUUGCUGACGGUUGGGAGCUCUUUCUUCACUUCUAAUCUCGGAUUUAACUACAAAGUCAAAAGCAUCAAGCCUCGGCAGACCGAUACCGAGCGCGUGAUGGACCAUCUCGCAAAUAUACCUGCCAUCGGCUACAGGAAUACGACUCUCGAAGACUGUCAUCUCGAUACACUCAAGAUCAAUCUCAUCAAAAGCGAUAACGCUCAGCCGCCUUCAUGGUGGCUAUCAUGGGGGCGUUCGACAGUAGCAGCCAGCCUUCGCUGUGUUGUGAUUUCCGACUCUGGUCUUGUAGAUGUCACCAUCGACGCUGAAUAUUCGGGCGAAAGUGACGUUAUCUACGACUACGUACUCGAUGAUGAUUACGAAACCCGUUCCAGCGUGUGGUGGGGGAGUCGGCUUUCGAACGCCUACUUUGGUGGCGUUUUGACUGCGACCUCUCAAGUCGUUGUUGGGCAUGAUCAAUACCUCACCUCUGCUCAGCUCUCCUUUACUGCAAAUAGAACGAUCAAGGAUAUUCGCUCAAAUAGCUUCUUCGACCUUCAGUGGUGGCUGGCCUUUUCCAAGGCCCAAAUUUUGCAUAGCGGGAUGCAAGAUCUGGGGGACACUGGCUACGACUCAGACGCCUAA